AUGGCGGCCGGCGCCACAAGCGACCCGCUCGCGCUCUCCGCCCUGAAGAUCAAGGAUCUAAAGACCGUCAUCGAGGCCGGCGCAUUGGAGCACAAGGACUGCCUCGAUCGCGCGGACCUGGAACGGCGCGCCUCGGAGGCCGUCGCGCAGACGUGCGCCUUCGUCGCGACCCUCGACCUGCGCCGGCUGGAAGUAGCGGCGAAAGUCUGGGACGCGCGCCGCAAGCAGGACAGCGACUACUACGAGUCCGACUGCUCCGACGAGUCCGGCCCGCCCGGUCUCGACACCGGUCUCGACGACGAUGACGACGGCCCGCCAGGCCUCGAGGAGAACGGCGCCUCGGCCGGCGGCUCGGCCGGCGGCUCCGACUCCGAGGACUCGGACUACGACUCGGACGACUCGGAGGAUUCUGGCCCUCCAGGCCUCGAGGACGAGGAAGAGCGGGAACGGGCGGAACGGGCGGCGCGGAAGAAGGCCGCCGCCGCCCCGGCGCCCGCGCCCGCGCCACCGCUCUCCAAGUCCCAGGCCAAGGCCGCCAAGGCGAAGCGCCAGAAGGUUCGCGCCCGGCGUCCUGUCUCCAACUCGCGACUCGCGACAUCGCGGCGAUGGCGUGGGUGUACGCCUCCCUUCCCACGCAGAUGCGCAAGCAGGCGGCGUUUGCUGAUACAUUGAAGAAGGGAUCGAAGGUCUUCGUGACCAAGAAAGGUACUGAAACCAUCGCCACAGUCGUCAAGAUCCACCGCGACGAUCCCGAAGAGUUGUAUGUCACGGUCCGCGACGCGAGCGGCCAGGAGCGCCAGACGUUAUUGUCGUACUGCCGCGAGGCGAAGGGUGCCAAGGCCGCCAAGGCCGAGCGCGCGGCGCGCGUGAAGGCGGCCGCGGACGCGGCCGAGCAGAAACUGCGGGCCGAGGAGGAGCAGGAGCGCGAGCUCGAGAAGCUGGCGAACGCUCUCGGCUCGAAGCCGCUCGUCAAGGACAAGCCGAAGCCGAAGAAGAAGAAGCCGCCGCCGCCGCCGCGGGCCAAGGAAAACAACGGCGCGAAGGACGGCAAAACAGGUUUCCGAGACGAAAAAGGGCAAGGGCGGCGCGACGGGCGCCAAGGACGCCGCGGCCGCCUCGAAGACGAAGAAGGGCAAGACGGGCGCCAAGUAGAGUAA